UUGCUAUGGUCUGUUGGCUAAUCUGUCAUUUGUCAUCUCUCCAAAUUAUUUUAGGUUAUAUUUCUAUUUUCUAUAUUUAAAAAGUUGUCAUUUCUAGUCAUUCCUCAAUUCCAAUUUUCUAAAAUAGAUUGCUAUAUUUAGUCAGAUUUAGUAGAAUUAUUAUGGAAAAUAAAACUGAUAUUUUAGACGAUCGUAAAUUAUGGAUUGGCAGUUUGGACCCAAGAGUCACCGAGUAUCAACUUUUGAAACUCGUCCAAAUAUAUGGCAAAAUCGAGAAGUUUGACUUGAUAUUCCAUCGUACCGGUCCAUUAGCAGGCCAACCAAGAGGAUAUGCCUUUGUAACAUAUAUGAAAUCAGAAGAUGCCUUAAAAGCCAAAGAAUCUCUUAACGGAAAAUUAGUUGGACAAAGGAAGAUUGCAGUUACAUGGGCUCAUAGUGCCGAUGAGGAUUACCUUCCUGUCCCUAAACCGAAACCUGAAAUUUCAAUUCCUGCCUUAGCUUUGUCCAAAGAUUCCAAAAAGACUGAUCGAGUUUCACAAAUUCAAGCCAUCGAAGCUAAAUUGAAACUCAUGGAACAGAAGAAAGACGAGUUGAAAAUAAAUGAUUCUUUAUCGACUAAAACGCCUGUCAUACAACAAUUUCAAUUUAAUAAAGAAAAGCCUUGUGGAACUACUUCCAAGAAUUUCAAGUCACGAAUAAAUGAUAGACAUAAGAAACCAUAUAGUAAAAGAAAACCAUAAAAGUAGAGCAAUUAGGAGUCAUGUUAUUUAUUUUAGUUAUAAUUAGUUUUAUUAAAUUUUAAUUUAAGAGAAUCAUGAAAAUACAUUGUCAUUAUCUAGUACUUAUCUUUCAUAAAUCAUUGCUGUACAAAAUUAUAUUGUUUUUAUCAUUCUGUGGCCAUUUUUUUUUGUUAAACUGUAAAUAAUGUGUGAAUUAAUUAAACAUGUUUUAUGUGCUAAUAAAUUACUGUUUUUA